UCCCCUCCCCCCCAGUGCCGCGAGGGCCCCGUCACCCUGGAGUUCCCCCUGAGUAGCGAGCCGGAGUACGGAGCUUGGACCAUCCGUGUAGAGGCAACCAACUCCUUUACUCAACACUACUUUACCGUGGAGGAAUUCUAUCGGCCCAGAUUCGAGGUCGAAGUCCGGGUCCCGUCCUUCUUAUCAGCGGAUGCCAACUAUCUCGAGGGCGUGGUGGUGGCCAACUACAGCUCAGGGGCGCCCAUAUCCGGAAACGUGACCGUACGGGCGGCUGUGCGCCAGGUGGGACGCCAACCAUACGCCAAGUACGGACCAGAACCGGCUCUUACGCAACCACACACUAUGUUCGCAGGCGUCUUCCCCUUCAAGUUCCGAAUGUCUGACUUCGAGGACCUGGUGGCGCAGACGGAGGGGACGGAGGUGAGGGUGACGGCGACGGUGGGAGACGCCUACUGGGACGUGGCGCAGAGCGGCUUCUCCUCCACCAGGAUCUUCAGCGCGUCGAUCAACCUCGAGUUCUUGGGAGAUUCGCCACAGGUCUUCCGGCCGGCGAUGCCCUUUAAGUUUUACCUCUCGGCAACACAACAAGACGGCUCCAAGAUUCCCGAGUGGCGCUUAGCUCGACACAGACUCCUCGUGACCCCUGAAGUGACACUGAACACCGGCGUGAGGAGGAAGCUAAUAUCAAGGACAGUCAAGAUGAUCCACAUGCGCUACGCACUCUGGCAGGCGGAGAUAGACCUACAUGCUGAACUGGCGGACGUCGAGGUGGAACUCGAAGUCUCGUCCUUGAGGCUGGACGCGGAACUGAAGGAUUCCUCGGGAUCGCGUUCUUACGCCUCCUUAGUCAGCGUCGCCCACCAUUCGCCCAAGGGAAGGCAUCUCCAGGUGACUACGAGCACGAGGAAUCCUAAGGUUGGAGAAUACGUCAUUCUGCACGUCAGGAGCAACUUUUACCUGGAGAAAUUUCGUUACAUCCUCCUCAGCAAAGGCAUGGUGAUUGAGGCUGGGCAACAAAGUAUGGAAGCGUCCCUGAAGACCUUCCCCCUUCCCCUGACGCCGGAGUUGGCAGGCCUCGCGACGGUGGCGGUCUACGCAGCGGGCAGGGACGGUGACCUUGUAGCAGACGCCCUGACCUUCCCGGUGGACGCCCUCACGAGGAAGGGCCUCGACGUGUCCAUGGAGCAGCAGGCGGAGACGCAGGCGAUGAAGAUCACAGUGAAGGCACUGCCUGGCAGUCGGGUGGCACUGGCUGGCUCUCACUGGGCUUCGUACAGCAUGCAGGCCGGGAAUGACUUGACGCACGCUAUGAUUCUACGCCAGAUGGCUCAGGACGGCAGUGGGUCGAGACAGGCCGCCCUCGAACAGCGGUGGGUAUCUGAAGAAGGGAUGCCCGAAAACGUCCUUCACCUGCCGAGGACUUCGCCAGGAGUGGAUCCCAACGACACCUUUUCAUACGCCGAUUUAGUGGUCUUAUCUGACGGCGUGGUACCCACCUUUGCUACGUCGUGUGCGGGCGGACCAGGUCUACGCCCCUGUCUCUUGGGAGGUUGUUAUAACCAGGUGGCCGAAUGCGACACGAAGUUCGAUUGUCCGGAUAGGAUCGAUGAGCGUGGUUGUCCUCUCCGCAAAUCGGUGACGGACGACAAAGUGGCAUACCGACAGCAGCGUUCCAGCCGUCUAAGCCGACACUACUCCACGCCCUGGGUAUGGGAGGAAGUGAUCAUCGGCGAGUCGGGCAGUGCCACGCUCACGGUGCCCAUCCCUUCUGGCACCUCCCACCUGGCCCUCACCGCCUUCAGCCUGCACCCGGAACACGGCAUGGCGAUCCUGCCGGAGCCCGUGCAGUGGCGAGGAUCCCCAGGCUUCUGGCUCUCGGUGGAGGCUCCCGGGCGCGUGGGCGUGUGGGAGCAGGUGGGCGUGAGGGUGACGGCUGUCAAUCACCACCACUUCCCCAUCAACGCGAUCAUUGUGUUGGCGAAUAACCCGGCUUACAAGUUUGUGAAAGUCGACGGCUUUGAUGCGGUGGAUCCCUCCAGCGGCCACGUCCAGCGGCGAAUGGUGGCAGGAGAGCACGAGCACGCCGUAGAAGUGGCUGCAGGAGAGACUCACACCUUGUACCUGCCCAUCGUCCCUGUGCAACUCGGAGAGAUCACCGUCAUCGUGCAAGCGUCUUUGCCGGGGACCAAGUUGCAGAAGGAGAUCACGAUCUUUGUUGAGCCCCUAGGUGCCGCGCAAGAAUUCCACACCUCUCUCCUGCUGGACUUGAGUAACCGCGCCUAUUUCUUCACUUUCCUGGAUGUCAACAUGUCCGAUAGUCACGUGCCGGGGUCUGACCACGCCCACGUCGCUGUCUUCGGGGAUACGGUGGGCGCUGUUGUUCCCGACACGCCCGCGACAGCUCAGACUUUGCUGGGGCUUCCUACGGUCGGCUGCGAGCCCGUGGUUUUUAGCUUCCUGAUGACAGUGCUUCAGAUGCGUCACUGGAGUGAGUUGAAGCAAGAACCGCCCAUUAACCAGAGGGAGGUGUUUCGACGCCUGGCUUUGUUGUAUCAGACUCUCCUCGCUUACCAGGCGAGGGAGGGAGGAUUCAAAUACGCACAAACUCUCCGGAAUAAAGAUACGCAAACAUGCGAAACUCUCAGCUUCGUUAUGGUCAACGCUCAGACUCCGGAGGUUAAGCUGCUUCUGUCAAUAAAACGUCGUGCUGUUGAAGCAAAGUUUGUAGACAUGAAGUGCCAAAGGACUGAAACUGCUUCUCCGACUAUGAUAUGA